AUGCCAGAACCACGCCCGUCCUCGGCUGCGUCCACUGUCCCAUUCACCCCCAAGCCCCGCAAGCGCACAAGCUCAAGCCGCCUCGCGUUCACCGACAGGGAGCUCAGAGAGUUUGCGGGAACCAUGGCUUCAGUGAGAAAAGUUCGUCCGGGCUCCAUACUGGAAGAGCUCGAACAUUCGGGUGAGGGUAGUGGGAUACUGUCGCGACCUAGCUCCUCAAAGACACAUACAAACCAUUCUGAAAGACAUCCUCGCCCGUCAUCUGCCCGAGAAACCGAGUAUGACAGACCACAACUGCAAGCCCGUCCCUCAUCUUCAGCAUCUACCCGGGACGUUCGCCGUGCGCAUGGCCGAGAGCGCGAGUACAAUCCUUCCUCAUUGGGGCGAGCCCAAAGUACUAGGAUGUCUCAGUCAACACUGCCUGCGCCCAAUGAAGCAAAAGAAAGAGAAAGACAGAGGGAAUCAGGAAAGGGAAAGGAGCGCCAGAGAGUCGCCGACCCCGUCCCCGAAUCAGAGACGCAAAUGAGCAAUCUGGCCAUUGCCGAGGAAGAACGGCUUUUGGACGGAGUGCCGCUGGAAGUGCAAGAAGCUUGGAUAUGCGAAGACCUACUCUUUGUCUUGCAGGGAAUCGAAGGAACUCUGAUCCGUUUCGACGAGACGUAUGAUCCCUUGGAUGCGGAGCAAAGGCUUCAAGGUGCCAAGUGGACAGUUCACCCUGAUCUCGACCCUUCGCUCGUGUCUCUAGUCAAUCGGUUGUUACCUCUGGCUUCAUUCUUUACUGUGGUCGACACAUCGAUGGAGUCCAGAGCCACUCAGGAGUUUGGAAUGGUUAGCCAUGCCUUGUGCAGCGGCAUCAGGGCAAUGCUCAAGGAGUACCAUGUAUUGACUGCACAACUCGAGUCCUUAUUCCUCUCUUCCCCCACCUUCACCCUACAAACGCUGUACUUUCAUCUCCACCCAACGCUGCGCACAAUGUCUCUCCUCGCAUCACUUUGCCAAAGUCUCGAAACACAAGACACCGGCCAAGAAUCGGGCGAUCUCUCGGAUGAUGAUGAUGGGCUAGGCGGUAUGGCGGACGAACUUGGUCUCGGAGGUGCGGGUCUGAAGGGAUUGAUGAAGAACUUGAAAGCACAGGAAGGACUCAUUGGGGGCGGGGGUGAAGUCAUCGGGGGCGAGGUGUUGGGUAUCAUUUGCGAAAAAGAGUCGACUAUGAGCGGUGACCCCACGGCGUCUACGCUCUACUCGACCCUGUUGCUCCACGCAUCUCAGCCGUAUUGCAAACUGCUGGUGCAGUGGAUAUCGACUGGGCAUCUUUCGGAUCCUUUUGACGAAUUCAUGGUGAAGGAGAGCGGGUACAUUACCAAGGGUGUACUGGAGAGUGACUAUACCGAUGAGUACUGGGAAAGGAGAUACACGCUUCGUGAUGGGUCUUCGAUCGGUUCCGGCAAAAUCAGCACUGGCAAAGCCACCCCUUCCUUCUCCGCUGCAGCGCCCCCACCUCGUCAGGGUACAGGUCGACUACCAGGUGGUGCUUGCAUUCCUGCCUUUCUGCAGCCUUGGAAGCACAAAAUCCUCCUUGCGGGCAAGUAUCUUAAUGUGAUACGGGAAUGUGGGAUUGAAGUGAAGAAGCCCGGGGAGGUCCGUUUGGAAGAGCAGGGAAUGAUUGCUAUGAACGACCCCAAGUUCUACAAGCAGAUCGAAGAUGCUUACAUCUACGCCAACAAGACACUACUGAAGCUGAUGGUGGAUGAACAGGAGCUCAUACCACAUCUCAGAUCUAUGAAGCACUUCUUUUUCCUCAACCAAUCCGACUUUCUUACCAACUUUCUCGACUUGGCCGGAUCAGAACUCCGCAAGCCAGCCAAGAGCGCCUCCAUCGUCAAGCUUCAAUCCCUUUUGGACCUUGCGGUCCGCAAUCCUGCUAGUUCAAGCUCGAACGAUCCUUACAAGGAUGAUCUCAAAGUCGUGAUGCAGUCUCAAGGACUGUAUGACUGGCUCUUGAAGAUUGUCAGCAAGACAGGGAGUUUGGGAGAUGGUGGAGAGUUGGACUUUGCUAUGGGAGACAAUGACGAGGCUGGCAGCAAGAGAGACGAGAAGAGACCGCUGAUCGCGAUCGAUGCGCUCGCGUUUGAUUACUCGGUCAAAUUCCCUCUGUCCCUCGUCAUCUCGCGAAAGACCAUCGCGCGAUACCAACUCAUCUUCCGUUUCCUUCUCCAUCUCCAUCACCUCGAAUCGUCACUGUCUGCCAUGUGGCUGGAACACAAGGCCCCGGCAUGGCGGAAUAACUCUGGAAAUGAUGAUAUCGAAAGAUGGAAGAUGCGAAUCUUCUCCCUCCGCACAAGGAUGGCUGCCUUUGUCCGACAAGUGCUCGCAUUUGCGACGGGCGAGGUGCUCGACCCCAAUUGGAAAGCGUUGGAAGAGAAGCUGGCGAAAGUGCAGACAGUGGAUCAACUGUUGAGGGACCAUGUGGACUUUUUAGAUACGUGUCUCAAGCAGUGCAUGUUGACUACAUCCAAAUUGCUCGGGAUAUACGCGAAACUCAUGACGACGAUUUCCGUCUUUGUCUCUUAUCAGACAUCAUUGAACAGCGCCCUCACCAAGUUCCUUGCAGAUCCAGUGGCAGAGUCUGAUUCGGUCAAGAGCGACUCGCGAUGGUCGGCCCUCGCGAGAUUCGAGAUCAAUUUCAACCACCACGCCAAGCUCCACCUUGACGCUGUGACCUACAAUGCCGGCUCCGAGAAUGUUGCGCUGCUUGCUCUAGUCACCAGGCUCCAUCAGAUAACCUUAAGAGUCUGA